GCAGAUUCCGAAGUUUGCCCAUCGCCCGCCUCCACGUGCACUUUCCAUCGCGCCAGACAUGCCGCAAGUCGACGACGCUACUGCGGCCAUUGCCGAAAACUCUGUGAAACCUGCUUCUGUGUCGGUGGACAAUGAGACCGAGCCGGAACCGACCCCAAAGUCUACGACUUCAUCGGACGACGUUGAUGUCCAGGCUCUGCAAGCAAAAGUGAGCGCCCUCUCCGAUGAAAUUAACGGGCUCUACGAUCAAUUGGAGUCGGCAGACGCCGAGCGGCAGCCAUUGCGCCGAUCAUUGAGCUUGAAGGAACUGGCAGUAACGGAAUUAACCGCGCGUGUGGCCGACUUGGAACGCCGACUUGCGAACGACAAGUCGGAAUAUGAAAAGGCCGUGUCGACGCGUGAUCAGUCCAUUGAUGUAUUGCAGAAGAAACUCCACGAACUCAAGCGCGAAAUGAACGUGCUUACGGACGACUACGAGUCCGUGUCAGAGGAAAAGCACGACUUGGAAGAGCAGCUGGACAAGGAGCACACCCAGCUCAUCAAUCUUCAGGACGAGCUCGCCGAAAUGGACACCCUCGUCGCCGAGCUGCGCGACGAAAUCGAGCGGCUGAAACAGCGCAACGAGCAGGAUGCCAUUGCGAUUGAAGAGGCACAGGCCGCGACUGCUUCCGCGGUGCAGUCACGUGAUGCCUUAGCAGCUGACACGGCGGCAAAAUUGUCGGCGUUGGCCAAAGCGAACGCUGCCCUGGAAGCCACUCUGGCUGCAGCCACCAGCGACCACGAAAAGCGAGCCACCGCAUAUCAACAGCAAGUUGAGACGCUGACAGCCCAGUACGAGGCGAGGGUGGCGACGGCGAAGUCUUCGGAGCAGCGUCAAAAGAACUUGGAAGCCGAGUGCGCCUCGUUGAAAGCGUCCCUGGACGAGUUCCACACGGCCGCUGCGUCGGUUGCGAUGUCGGCCGCCCAAGAGGAUCUGGAGAUGAAGGUCGCACAGUUGGAGGCCGCGAAAGCCACGCAAGAACACGAAUGGGCCAAGGCCGAGCGCAGUUGGAAGAAACAAGUCCAAGAGCUCACGGAACGAUGCGAUGCGGCAACGUCGGCUGCCGUCGAGUGGCAGCGCGGUCGCGACCACGCGGUCACGAUGAACGAGCACUUGUCGGCCGAAGUCGAGUCGCUCAACAAAGGAAGGGUAUGGAAUCCUGUGAUCCACGCCGUGUGCUUGUUUGCAGGCAUGGCGUUCGGAAUCAAGGCAUUUCACGGCCCGCUCGCUUGAGGUGGCUUCCUCGGUCCACCCUGGUUGUCUCAACUUAAUUACUUCUUUCCAAGCGUCGUCGUACUCCACUUUUGUUUAUCGACACGAUGAUGCGGAAGCAUGGCAUUCCGUUUCAGAUGAACGAUGCGAGAGCGAAGUGUCGGCGGCGGCAGCGGCCAGUCAAGUGAUUCUCGUGGCUGUGCACUCGAGCAUCGCGACAAAUGGUCUGAACCCUUCCAUUGGUGUCGAGAAGUUGGUUCAGUC